GGCUCCAAGCCUCGAUUCCAAAAAGCCGAGUGUUCCCAAAAAAGGCACUUCUGGAUCUCUUUGCUAUUUCAACCCCUACAUCAAUGGUGUCUUAAUUGCCCCAUUCAGUGUAUGAUGUUUUGGAUCAGUUAGUGUGUUGGAUAUUGGCAAUUCCAUGGUUGAUGUGGAGAUGAGCCACCAAAAUGAGGUUCCUAACUCUGAUGCAGAAGGGUUUUUCAUGCGAAAAGUAAAUGGGAUUCUUAAUGGUCCCAUGGAAAAUGAAGCACCAGAUGGGAGUACCAAAAUAAUUUCUGAGUUGGGAGAGAGUGAAACUCUUGAAUCUCUGGCACAGAAAGCUGGAGACGGGUCUAAUCUCCUUGCUGAUGGAAGUGUUUCAAUUGUGUCUAAGGAAUCUAGAGUAGAAGGCACAAAUAACACAAACCUCUCCAGAAAAGGUCAAGGAAAGACUGAUGCUGAGAAGCUUUCAAACAACAAGAGUACUGAAAGAAAUAACAAAUAUGGGAAACAUUUAGAUGCAAUAUAUGCUGUUUCAAAUGGCUCUGUCGCUUUGAAGCAACCUCUUGCUCUUGCCACCAACCAGAGAUCAUCUGAUGAGAGGCAGAUUGCUGAAGGCAUCUCAAAUAUUGAUUCAAGCAGGGAUGCAAUGUUGGCAGCUGAGCCUAGUACCACCAAACUGUCCCUGCAAUCUAAAAAGUCUUACAUGGUACCCCCUCCCAUGAGCAUGAAGGAAUUGCAAGGCCAUAAGGAACAGACAAAGCAUUUGAAACCUGUGAAACAGGGAUCACCUGCUAAAGUUGAAGAAACAGCACAUUCUGCUUCUUUAAGCCCUGAGGAAGGAGAUGCUAAACCUCAACGAACAGGCCAUCUUCCUGCAUAUGGCUUCAGUUUCAAGUGUGAUGAGAGAGCUGAGAAACGAAAAGAAUUCUAUUUGAAGCUUGAGGAAAAGACUCAUGCGAAGGAAGUGGAAAGAACUAAUAGGCAAGCCAAAUCCAAGGAGACUCAAGAAGCAGAGAUUAAGAUGCUACGGAAGAGCUUAAAUUUUAAAGCAACCCCUAUGCCAAGCUUCUACCAUGAACCUACACCCAAGGUGGAGUUGAAGAAGAUGCCACCAACAAAAGCUAAAUCUCCCAAGCUCAGCUGCCAGAAGAACUCACCAAUGGCAGUCACAGAAGAGAACAGCAGCCAAAGCACUCGUUUGGGCCGUCUAAGUCUAGAUGAGAAAACCACCCAAAAUGGUCCCACCAAAAGAUCAUCCCCUCAGCAAUUGAAGAAGCCACUCCGAAAAUCUCUACCAAAACUUCCCUCACAGAAAACCACCUUAGCUAGUGGAACAGAGAAUACCACGUCUCUUGCCCAACAUCAGGAACAUCAUAAGGUGGAGCAGGAGGCAGGACAGACUUGUGAGCCAGCCAAAAGCCAAGUUCAUGUAGAUACAGAGUCUGCAGAAGAAAAGGAGCAAGAGCAAGAGCAAGAGCAAGAUUCCUUUGGGGAACUAAAGACCGAGCCAACUGCUUGCUGAGUUCAACCAGGGGCAGCAUUGAAAUGGGGAAUAUGUAUUCAAAGAACCCCAAAUUCCAUUUCUACUGAAAUAUGAAAUAGUAGAAUUAUGAAGGUGUGAAUGAUCUUGACUCAUGUUUUAGUAAUGUUCACUUGUUCAUAGCCUGUGGCAAAGAGGAGUUGCUAUUUGUCUGCUAGUCCCAGUUAUGGUUGUGUAUCAGGAUUUGAUUUGCAUUUCAGUAUCAUAUUUUCUAAUGAUCACUUGUUUUAUGCUCA